AUGGCUGUUAAAUCUAAUAGACAAUUACUGACAAAGGGUAAGGGUUAUGCUACCCAACAACAGAAAAAAUUCGGUACUGAUGAGGUCAGCUUUGAUAAGGAUUCAAGAUUAGAUUAUCUAACAGGGUUCCAUAAGCGUAAACUACAGAGACAGAAAAAGGCUCAAGAAAAUAUUAAAGAACAAGAAAGAUUAUUAAAGAUUGAAGAACGUAAGAAAGUACGUGAUGAAAGAAAGAAACAAAUGGAUGAACAAAUGCGUAGGUUUAAAGAGACUUUAGAUAUUCAAGCAGAGAUAGAAGAACUUCGGGAUGGUAAAAAAAGAAGUGAUCCUCAGGACCAUGAUUCGGAUAAUUCAUGGCAAGGGUUUGAAGACGAUGAAAGUGAUGAUGAUGAUUCUGUAAAGCCAAUUCUAAAGACAAAUUCCCUUGGGACAGCUAUUUAUGAGGAUGAGACAACUGUUGAAAUUGAGUCAUUGGAACCAAAUGAGAAUUUUGCAUUCUUAGCUAAGACAAAUAACGUUGAAUUAGAGAAAUCAGAAAAAAUAUUGGAUCAAAGUAUAACGAGAGCCAAGAAAUAUGCUAAAUUUUUAGGUAUGGAUGAUUCUAAGGACAAUAAAAAGAAAUCUAAGAAGAAGUUUAGAUAUUUAACCAAAAAUGAAAGAAAGAAUAAUCAAAGGAAAGCAUAUCAAAACAAGCAUAGGAGAUAG